GCCAAAAAUUGACUCAUCCUAUUAAAAACACCAAAUUUCAAUUUUAAAAAAAGAAAUGGCUUUCACUCCUCAUGAUCAUGAAUACUAUACUACUCAAGGUCUUUUCUCCAAUGAAUUCAUCAAUUCUUCUCUUGUUACUAGUAAUCCUCUCCCACAAAUAUGCAAUUCCCAAAUAAGCCCUUAUGAACAUGAACAAGUAGUAAUGAAUAUGAAUUCACUAGAUCAUUAUGUGCCACCCUCAAUUUCAAUGAUGCCAUGGUUCCCUGAGAGGCUAGGGGUUUCGGAUAUGACGGUGCCGGUACUACUACCUGCAUCGUCUACUACUUAUGCAGUCGAAAACAACAACAAUAAUAAUAAUAAUAACGGAUGCAACGGCCAACACCACGAGGGGUGUGAAUCUUGGGAUGAAACUACUGAUCAUGCUUUUGAAUCCAACUUCUGGUCCUCUUGUCCUCUCGCGACCUCCAAUAAUUGGGGUUCUCAAAGGGAAACAAGUCCAAAAAUCAAAGGAACGCCAACAAUGAAGAUUGGGAGGUACUCAGAAGAGGAGAGAAAGGACAGAAUUCUUCGAUACCUCAAGAAAAGAAAUCAAAGGAAUUUCAACAAAACUAUAAAGUAUGCUUGUCGCAAAACCCUAGCAGACAAACGUGUUCGAGUUCGUGGAAGAUUUGCUAAGAAUAAUGAAGAUCAUCAACUCCUCAUCAACGGCAAUUUUGUUAAUUAUCACCAACACAAAGAUGGUUGCUAUGAUCAAAUCCAGAUGAAACAUGGUGAUCAUUAUAAUGAGGAUAAUUGGUUAGAAGAGGCAAUCACAAAUUUUAUGUAUAUACCUUGUAGCUCCUAUGACGGAAAUUUCAUAAGCUGAUUUUACUACUUAAGUCUCUCUCUAAUUAUGUACUCCCAUCCAUUAUUUAUGAAUGAAUGAAUGAAUAGUUGAGGUCUA